CUUUCGUUUUAUGAGCAACUCCCUUGAAGAGAAAAAGUCUUACUUUAGUAACCGUGUAAACCUGUUGGUAGAGAAUAUCGGCACUAGUUUGAGGGACUUGUUAAGACAAGGUGCGGACUCAAGUGACUGGAAUGAAUAUGCGGGCAACCUUGAGUUGCAUCUAUCCAUAGAAAAUAUUUCCAGGGAUUUGGAAGAGCUAUUGACACUUUCGUUUGAAAUAGAAGUUUUGACUUUGGAAGGCAACUUGCCACAAGUCAUGUCCGAAACAGAUGGAGUGGAGGCUGCUAUUCAAAAGCGCAUAGCAGAACUUAACUUCGCUCUGGAACAAACAGGUGUGUUUUCUGGUUUCUCAUUUUUGUACGACGUGAACUUUCAACAAAUAGUCGAGAAAGCAACUCGUGCCUUGCAGAAGGUUUCAGACUACACACCUUGGGUUUUGGAUGAUGGACACAACAUGUGAUGCGUGUCUUGGUAUCUUUUGAAAGUGGUAUUUUGUCAAU